UGCUCCCAGCAAUCCAACUCCCAACACCCACCAACGACCGAUGUCGUCCAUUGCACGGCCACCAGACCCCUGCCUGGUAGCAAUCAUUCUAAUAGUGCGCUCACGAGCCGGUCCGCGCUUCGUCUUCCACUACCCACCCAACCCGCUCAGCGAGAACGGACUCCGAGGGGCGCCCAAAGCGCGACGACCGUCACGGAAGAAUUCCAAGAGCAACGACUCCAGCUCCAGCGAAGACAGCAGCUCCACCUCUAGCGAAGAUGAAGACGAGACACCAAUAACUGCAACUGCAGCAGCUCCCACAACCACAGGGACUGCGACGCAGCCAGCCAAUUACACCCAGAACGCCUCGCACAUCGCAGGUAGUCAUCCCGUCGCAGGAAGACGAUCGAGUAACUUCGGCGUCGUUGAUGAUGGAACCAUAUCCGGCUCGCCGGGCGGGGAGUCCCAGCGUGCAGGCUCAGUGGGGUCCGGGCGGGGGCUGAUGAUGCGGAAACGAGGGACGAAUUCCGAUGCGGAAGAGGAUGCGGGCGCUGCGUCGGAUAGACAGGAGGAUGAGGCCGGGCCGUUUCGGCCCCCCUGGGAGUCGUUAUUGGGGCUCCCUGCGGAUGUGUGGGAGAAGUUGUUGAGUCCGUCGCGGUCGUGGCAUAAGCGGCGGUUUGAGGUCGGGAUUAAUGAUUUGGCGUUUGUGGGGUGGCCGGUUUUUGUGCGUGAGGAUGGGACGUGGAGGAAGCAGAGGAGGAAGAAGAGGAAGCCUCGUGCGACUUGGGAGGGAGCGGAACUAGGACAUAAUGAGGCACCUGGGGAUGGGGAUGGGGGUGAUGAGGCUGAAGCUGAGGAUGAUAGCCCUGAUCGGGGUACGGAGCUUAUUGCUGCUUCGACGGAGACGUUGAGUCCGAAGCAGAUGGCUAGUACGGAUUAUCAGCGGACGUCGAUGACUAGUGUUAGGUCUUUCAGGACGCUGAGUGAGGCGCUGGAUCCGGAUGAUAAGGAUUGCAUGACUAUGUUUAAUGUCGUGUUUGUUUUGGAUCCGCCGUUGUUGGAGUAUUCCAUGCGGUUGAGGGAGAUUUACGAUAACAUUAUUAAGAAGUUCUCGAAGGCGUUGAAGUGGGAGCAGGCUCGGACGGAUUAUGUUUGGAAGGAGGCGCAGCAUAUCUCACAUAUCAAGGAGAAGGCUAAAGAGAAGCGAAUGUCCGUGAAUAGCCUCUAUUCGGAGCUAAUCAGCCAGUCCUCACUUGCGAGGGCUAUCUGCACUGUGUUCACCAGCAUAUCGGCAUCAAAGAUUGCGUCGGUAUCUCUGAGUCCAGAUGUGUCCAUCUCGCUACAGAUACCACCUCUGACUUCGACGCCAUGGCUUCCUGGGCCAACUGACAAGGCAUAUCCGGGUCUCUGGCUUACAACGGCGGACAGUGUCACUCCGGUCGAUGAUCCCACUGCUGAUGAGAACACCGCCCCCCAUCAAGUGCUUGCUAAACAUUUCGCGCUCUUAUUGCUGGACAAUGAGGCAUCAAUUCUCAAAGACGUUGAAGCAUCCGGGGGUGCUCUGGCUCCGGCGCUUGCCCAUUAUAUCCGAUGCUCGAAGCCGACGAAGUCCUUUGCGCAGAUAUCUGUGUCCUCUGGCAUACCGCUUUCCACAAUCCAGAUGCUGGCUAGCCAUCUUGUGUAUUGGAGAAGAGCGCGAGCAAUCCCUCCACUCCAUCAGAGGGACACUUAUGUCGUAUCACCAAACUGCGAUCUGAGCAAGCUUGAGGUAGCCACGGCAGCUUAUCAAGCAGCGUUCCCGACCCUCCCAAGUCUCCCCAAGAUGCUAUCAGCGAUGAGCGGAACGCCCAGACCGUACGGAAGCUUCAUCCCAAGCAAAGACCAUAAAGACACAUACUUCGCCAUUUUAGCGUGGCUAUUACGAGGUGGCUGGGUCACACAAUUGCGGGCCUUUGCAAGAGUCAAAAUAAGCCCUGAAAUCAAGAUGGCUGUGGAGACGGCCCUUCGACAGGAAGAAGUUGACAAAUACUUGAGCAAGAGGGGAUCAGCGUCAGAUACCGAGACAAAGGAGGACCUUGAUGAUGCCAGUUCCUCUUCGUCAUCAUCACUAGACAGCAACGGAAGCGGUGAUGAAACGCCCAUGCCAGGCCGGUACAAACGGAACAACGAGCUCGACCUCUCCCAUUCUCUACUCGACCAAAACACGUCCUUAAAGACAUCGUCGCUCAUCCUGUACCCGCACCGUGCAUCACCUUUGGAGUCCCGAUGGUUAGGCGAGCUCAUGGCACGAUUCCCCGAACUUCAAGGCGAAGUCCCCGAAGGGGACCUUGAAUACGCGGGACUUCGAACAUCGCUCAAGAAGUACUGGCCGACCUUUAUCAAAUACUUCAACGGGUAUGACGCGCUCGAGAAGAUUCCCGUCCGAGAGAACCUGAAGCGCAAGCUAGUAUGGCAGAUCCUCACGCGUCUGGGAUUAGUGACAGGACAGCAGUCAUCCAUCCAGUUGGAUCCGAGAGAACAAGUCCUGGUUAGUGUCCGACAUUGGUAGAAGACGAUUUAUGAUUUAUGGCCGACAAAUAUGAUCAAACUAUAAUAUAAGCAUAAUAUGCAACUACACUCAUUCACAUAUAAGACAAUUCAAUAUAAUAAACAACUUAUAGAAAAGCCACCC